AUGAAUAGAAAUGGCCUUGUAUUUGUUCCACGUGAACCACCAAAACGUGUUAUUCUUUAUCCAACUCAAGACUCAUCCAAUCAACAACCUAAUGGACUUUAUACAAGAGCAAAGACAGCUCUUGUAACUAAUAAUCAUAAUGAAACAAUCGAACAAUCAAAUAAUAAUACUCGCCUUUCACGGCAGCAACCAUUCUCUAGUCCACCGAAUAAUGUAUCAAGAUUCACAGAAAAACCUGAUAAUGAUAGGACAGGAGUAAAUGUUUCAGGACAACCAACAACUGUAAAUGUUGGUCAAAAAGUUCAAAUUCCCUACAGUGCAAAUCCAUUUUUUCGUCCUAAAAUUAUUCCUAAUCAACAACCAACAACAAAUACAAAUUUACCACCACCACCACCACCUACUCGUGAUUCUUCAACAGUAUCUACAAAUUCUAAUAUUCAAACAAUAACACCUUCAACAACAACAAUAAUAGCAAAUAGAGAAAAACAAUCUGUUUAUCCUAAAACUCAAAGUUCAAUUCUCUUAUCUAAUGGACAAACACAAGAUUCUGAAACAAUAACUAAUACAUCUUCUAUACAAGAUGAUAAUCGUCGUUGGGCUCAUUCUGUUCCAUCAGCAUCUAUUGCACGACGUGCUAUUAGUGAUGAACGUUCAAAUGGAACAUUAAAAUCAUCAGAAAUAAAUAUAAUAAAUCCAAUAAAUAAUGAUUCUCUCAAACAGAAAGGUACUUCAGCUACAGACAUUGUUAUAUCUCUUAUGGAUACAUGGCGUGCACCAAUAAAUAUUGGAAAUACAUCAGCUAUUAAUAUAUUUCCUCGUACGGGUAUUAUAAAAGAUGAUUCAACAAUAUCUGGUCAAACAUUAACUACAGGUCAACAAUUACCUAAUACACCACCAUUUUUAACUGGUGGUACAUCAUCAACAGCAAGUAAUAAUAAUCAAAAUUGGAAAAAAGCUUUAUUAGCUAAUUUUCAAAAAAAUUCUCGUAAUAUUCCAACAGCGAAAUUAUUUCAUUCGAAACAAACAACAACAUCAUCACAACCACCAACUACAUUAAAUAAUGAUACAACAAUAAAUCAACAGCAACAAAAAUCUGAACGAACAAUAAUUUUUAAUGGAAUUAAUAAUGAACGUACAUUUCAAGCCAAUGAAAAUACACCAAAUAUACAAUCAUUAAUAAAAAAAUCAAGUGAAAGUCUACGAGUAACAAAACAAGAUGAUAAUAAUAAUAAUAUUGAACGUUCAACAUCUUUACAGAUUCAAGGAACUGGAUAUUCGAAUCCAAUAAUAACAACAAAUAAAACUGAAGAAACAAUUAAACUAAUAGAAAUAUCAAACUCAGAAAAUAUUCCACAUAUGCCUAUAUCGAUUCCAGCAGCAUUAAUUACAGCUAAACCACCAGCUAAUGUUGAACAACAAAGAGCAAUUAUUACAAGAGUUAUGAUACGUCGAGAUUUUGUUAAAACAACGGAAUCAAAACCACCUAUGCCAACAGCAGCUAAUAUACGUUCAUUGAUUCCUGCUAAAUCAGCUAAACCCGGUGGACUUCCAACAAAUAAUAUUAUUCAAGUAGCAACUAUAACAGAAAAUACUACUGUAUUGAAUUCUAAUAUAAAUUCUAAUCGUAUGUAUCCAUUACAAUCACAGCCACAACAGCAGCAGCAGCAGCAGCAACAAUUACAACGACAACAACCACUACUACAGCAACAGCAACCACAACAGCAACAUCAACAAUCAAUACCUUUAUCUCAAAAAAGUCUUUUAUCAUUUACAUUAAUUAAUCCAACAAUAAAAGAACCAAUAAAAAUUGAAAAUAAUCAACAACAAUUAAAUGUCAUAACUAAUGAUGGAAUAACUCCAUCAUCCAUAAUGAAAACGCAGCAAUCACAAAUAUCUAUAAAUAAUGGUCCUGCUUUUCGAUCAAAUAGUUUAUCAGCUGCUACUGUUGAAUUACGAAGAAAAAAAGAAGAGAUUAAUAAUAAAAUAAAAAAGAGAGCCGUUAGUGCAUCGGCUGUAUCAAAUGACGGGUAA